UGCGCGGCUCUGCGUCUUGCAUGUAAAGUCGAGGAACAGCCGUUUGACUGAAGCUCUCCUUCCUCUUCGCCACUUCGCAGCGCGCCAACAUCCUCAAAGAGGUACAGAUCAUGCGCGGACUCAAACACGAAGGGAUCGUCCAGCUGCUGGAGUUCUCCGAGUCAAGAGAUCACUAUUAUCUCGUCCUUGAGCUGCUGGAGGGCGGUGAACUUUUCCACCAGAUCGUCAAGUUGACAUACUUUAGCGAGCCACUCGCAAGGCACGUCAUCCUGCAGGUCGCCAGAGGUAUUCGGUACCUCCACGAGGAGAAAGGAGUCGUCCAUAGAGAUAUCAAGCCAGAGAACUUGCUAUUUGAGUCGAUCAACAUCAUCCCUUCCAAAGUUAACAAGGCGCGACCGUACGAUGAAGAGAAGGAGGACGAGGGCGAGUUCAUACCCGGCCUCGGUGGUGGCGGUAUCGGACGCGUCAAGAUUGCCGACUUUGGGCUCAGCAAGAUCGUGUGGGAGGAGAGCACGAUGACACCAUGCGGCACUGUCGGCUACACUGCCCCGGAGAUCGUCAAAGAUGAGCGCUACUCGAAAUCAGUAGAUAUGUGGGCGCUUGGCUGUGUGCUUUACACGCUCUUCUGCGGCUUCCCACCAUUUUACGACGAGUCCAUCUCGGUGCUCACCGAAAAAGUCGCCAAGGGGUACUACACGUUCCUCUCCCCGUGGUGGGACGACAUUAGUGCUUCCGCCAAAGACCUCAUCACGCACCUCCUUUGCGUCGACCCGCGGAAGCGGUACACGAUCGACGAGUUCCUUGCCCAUCCAUGGUGCAACGUGCGGGACCCGGCGCCCGAGCUCAACUCGGCCGACAUUGUACUGGCCAAGUCGUCCGAGAUGCCGCUGGAUUCACCGCUCUUGCAGUCGAUGAAAGGCACCAAGGCGCAGCGCGUGGCCAUGAUGUCUCCCGGUAUUAAUCAGCUCAAGGAAGCAUUCGACGUGACGUACGCGGUGCAUCGCAUGGAAGAGGAGGGUGCCGCACGCAAAGGCUACAACCCAGGCAAUCGUGGCGAACUGCUGGGACUCAACGAGGAAGACGAGCAGGAUGAGGCCGAGGAAACCGCACGCAAGUACGGCCAGGAGGCAGGGCGGGCCGUCGAACAGCAACGUGGGGCAAGAGGUUUGGACGCAAGCGGCACCAGUGCCUCUGCUGCUGCGCAAUCGCAAGCACAGCAGCAACAGCAAGUGGCGCAGCACUACCCUGGUCGCGGUGGAGCGGAUCCAAAGCUUGCAGCGGCGGCGCUAUACGAUGGCAGGGCCGGCCAGCGCGACCGUGGCGCCCGCGCCAACAAGCGUGCGUUUGACCUCAACAUUAGCAAUGCCACGCUGCUCGGGCGCAGAAACAAGGCUAUGGACCCGCAGCUCGGCAGCCUCGAUGCACGCAUCGCUGCUGGUGGCAGUUCCGCGAGUAUGUUGCGCGUGGAUUGAGGAGGAGGCGGACCAUGAUGGACAACGCUGCACGCACGCGGCAUGCGUUCCCUAGUGGCGGAUACACUGGUGCCACAGGCUAAGAGGCUCGAUUAAAGUAGGCAUCACGCAAGCAGGCAAGCAAGCAGGCAAGCAAGCAGACCGCAGGCACUGCAGUUGCUGUGCCACGAUGCAAAGAGCAGGGUGUUGGCUUUGUUAUCCCAGUUAUGGCAUUAACCAUGAACCGUUUCCUUCGCAUUUUCAACCUUUGUCGUGUAUCAUAAUCACUAUCAAGUCGCAUGCUGGAUGGAAUACGUCGAGUUCCUCCUGAUUGAAAGACGCCGUAUGAUGGUGUAAGGAGGUGAACCCGUGGAGGGGGAGAUGGCGAGGUCCUCACCUCCC